AUGAUUGAAAAAAUUAAUCAAGUUAAACAGGUUUUAUUAAAUGUACCAGAUAAACCAGAUUUAGAAGUUGUAAAAAAGAUUGAUAGAAAAUUAAUAUUUUUAAAUAAUCCUGAAAAAGAAAAAAGAAAAUCAAAAAAAGAUCCAAACAAAAAUCCAAAAAAGAAAACAAAACCUUCAACAACAACAGGAACAGCAACAACAACAACAACAAAUGAUACAACAAAUAAUGAUACUACAACAACAGCAACAGCAACUACUGAACAAACUACCACAUUAACAACAUCAAUGUCAACCGAUCAAGAUAUGUCAUCAAAUACUAGUACCACUACAGCAACAACAACAACAACAACAACUGAUACAGAAAUGUUAAAUUUGGAAACAACAACAACAACAACAAAUUAA